AUGUUGCCACUUUCCGCUCUCAUAAUCCUGGGAAUUGUGGGGGUUUUCAGCACCUUGACCUUCCUGUUCGCGGUAUAUCACACAAUCAAGACGAGACUUGAGGCAGAGAGACUGAAGAGUGCGGAACCGGAUAUCAACGUGUCUCUGCCACUGACAGAAACCGCAGUGGCUCCUGAAACGACAGCAGCAAUUCAAAGACCAAUACCAAGCCCAGUGCUCUCGCCACCACCAAUCGAACGCGCUAGAACCCCAGAGGCAGAAUCCCCGCCUCCACUACCACGAGAGCUGGAGCUGGAAGAUGUAUUCGUUCCACAAACUUCAGUGCCCUUACCGUCCGCGAACAUGUUGCAUCCCAGAAUGCCAGAGGAAGAACCCUGUAUACCUUUGCGCGGGAAGUUUGGGGUUCAGAUGGACGACUUCAUCCGCGCAGAGACACCGCCACCUCUGCCUCGUACGAGCAGCAGCGACCUUUUUCCCCACAUGAGAAAAGAGAGGGACAGCAUGCACGAAAUAUACGAGAUAUACAGCAAACUGCCCCCGGGGCUCAAGUCGGCUCCGGCGAGAAUAACGACCUUUGCCAUGGCGGAGAGUAAAUGGGCUUAUUUUGGGCAGAAGCGCGCAGAGGACGUGGAGCUGGUUUGA